AAUCAAUCAAGUGUCAACGCGAUACACUACCCCACAACCACCUUUCGCUCUCGAGACCUCUCGACCCGUUCUAAGAUGCUGUUCUUCGGUCUCGGCAGCCUCUUCUAUGUCACGAUUCUCCUCAUCAAUGCGGUGGCAGUCCUGUCCGAGGACCGCUUUCUCGCCCGCAUCGGGAUGACCUCUUCCUCUUCCGCAGACCAGCAGGGUUUCGGCGCCCCCCGCGACAACGACUCGAUAAAGGCGAAAUUGGUCAAUAUGAUUUCGAGCGUGAGGACGCUCAUGAGGAUACCCUUGAUGUUAAUCAACACGCUCAUGAUCAUCUACCUUCUGGUCCUCGGAUGAGCCAAGGCUUAUUCUAUACGCAAAAUCCUGCUAGGGAAAUGGGAGCUCCCAGCGCUUCUCCCCGGCCCUCGAAAGAGUGUGGUAGAGA